AUGCCCGUACCAGCCGACAAUUCAGCAAUCUUCGCUGCCAAUUCAUCCUCCAACACUGCAGACCUCUCUACACCAUCACCGCCACCGCCGUCGUCGUCGCCGCCGUCGCCGUCGCGGCCACAAGCAGCACCAACGGCAACGGCGUUAACCGACCCUGAUCCAACAGCACCAGCACCGCCAUCCUCCGCUGACCUCCUUGUCCACUCUUCUAUCGCCCGCUGUAUGACACUGCUGUGACGCUACAAACAAACGGUACACAAAACAAGUCAACCACCCUCAUAAAUGCAUCUCCCUCGACUACAUCCUAAGGUAGCAACUCCACCGCAAGCAACUUAGAACACCUUCAAGCCCCACACCCAACUACCUACCCCCCAACUAACCACAUCCACAUCCACAGCCCUGCUCUGCUCUGCUCUACAUAUCAACCCCAUUUUACCCACGCACACAUACAUAUCCUGUUGCAUCUCAUGCAGACACACUCUGACCAACAGAGGCGCAGUGAAAUGACUUCCAUCUAGCAAGACUGUUAGUUCCUCCCCGUCUGCCGACGGCAGGAGUGGAGAGCUUGCAGCACCUCUAACAAAGCCCAAAAUAGCCAGCAACAGCAGCAACAACAACAACUGCUCCAACCCUCUCCCCAAAACAAACAACCAAUCCCACACCUGCUCCAAGCGCAGUUUUGAGGUGGAAAUACUUCAAGUGUAGCAGACGCCUAGAAGGCUCACCUUUCAUCCACAGAUCGCCUUGACCGGACUGCUCACCUUCAUAUAGCAGCAUCCUCAAUACUACACCACCUCCCGUGGCAAGUACCAUCUUCGAAUAGCUGCCAACAGCCCCGACCCCGCCCACCUCCCCCCAACCGCAUCCUCCUCCACAUUCCAUCAGCAAGAACCUCCCUCAAAUGCACUCCACAUCUCUCCGCAAGCCUAAUCCAGCGUUCAACACACUGGCUCAAACAUGCGGAAUUUCCAUUUCGCAUGCUAUAGAGCAGCCAAAAGACAUCCAGUCUAAGCUGCGCUGGUCACAUGCCAAUGCCAUUCCCAAUGACUCCCCUACCUCCAGACUCCCUAUGCGCACCCACAUCCAUCCACCCAACCAACUCUUUCACCUUCCUCCUAAUACUAACAUUACCACCACCACCAGCACUUUAGCCGUUGAUGACAUUUCUUCUUGCCCCCCUCCAGAAACAUCUCCAACAUCAUUUAAUCCGACCAGAUCAAGCGUGAUUGUGAACUGUCAUGUGCAAUUAUUAAUGACAAUGUUCGAUGAGCAUUGCCCAGGAAAAUCCUCUAGCUGGUGACCAGCUCCGAGGACACGUGUGCAUGGGAGUAUUCUAAUUAACGCUUUGUUAUCCUUUUUGACGCCUGAAAACUGGGGAUUAUUAGUUACUCAACUUAUAUAGCAACGUGCUGAUUUGUGUCUCACUUUGUUAUGCGAAAUAUGCUUGUUUCUGCGAAAAUUCUUUGUAGGAUUUUGAAAGGACCCAUUGGAACUACUGUUGUGCGCUUUGCGAAUGGGAAAUGGUAAAGUGAUUAUGAAAGUUGGCUACUGUCUUUAAGUCCUUAACUACAUCAGAACAUUCCUGCUUAACUACUGCAAUUAGUUUUGUCGCAAUUAACUGACUUUUUGGCGAUGAACUUGCAUAUUUGCGAAAAACCGGAAGAUGUAACCUUGUGAAUGACGUACCGUACAUACACCACAGAUACUAGCAGUUCCUGAUGGAUUCUAACUCAGAUAUUCAUAUCAACUUGAAGACUGAACCUAAAAGCUUUAUACUGAAAAACGUACCCCAAUUUCGCACAUUUAUUUUCGAAGAAAUUAGAAAGGCUUCCUUGUGAAUGUCCGUCAGGUGCUGUUGCAGAAGUACGAUGUCCGCUGGUUUGUUUUGAACGUAGUUUCCAAUUACUUCGAGGGGCUAGGUCUAUUGACAUGUUGAUAGAUAUCGACUUUGAUCAGCUUGUUCCUAGCAUUGCCUCGCAUGGUAUAUUUAGACUAAAAAUUACCUGUUGCUUUAAUUGACGCUGAUACCCAUUCUCGUGUCUUAAAUUUACUCUUAAUACUAGCCUUACUAAUCCUCUACCUUAACCCUCCCAACCUAAUGUCCCUAAUCCCCCCCUCAGAAUUUAGAUCAGGGUCACCUGCAAUACGGGGGAGAUCAAUACUCCCGUUCACUACCUAAUUAUUGUGCUGUCGUUGGUUUAGUGACGUCUGCAAUAAGAGGACACUGUAUGUAUUAUGAGGAGACGUUGUUGCAACCCGCUCUGCCACUCCCCCCCCCCUCCCCCGAGAAUAUACAUGCUCUUUUCGAAUAUGGCUGCCUGUUCUCUGCGCUCAGUGGAAUCCCAUUCAGCGCAGUUGGUGUCCCGAUUAGUGAUCUAGACGAUGACGUCAAUUCUGUUGUGCGCCAAUUUAAACAGAGUCUCGUAUCUCUUUUUUUAUUUUCCAGCACUAUUUAAAUGUAAACAUACGAAAAUGAGGAGGCUGCGCGGCCUACUAUGUGCGCACUCUGUGUAGGCUGGCAAAUAACCGGUCUACAGGGUGGUGCAUCGAUCGCAUUGUUCUAACGCACUGAAGUUUGCACUUUCUGCCAAUCAGACCGGAGAGGGCGCUAACUACGGUCACUGAUUCCAAUAAACUACUGUCCCUCGCCAUCCGACUUCGAGAAACGAAAGUCUCGGCGUUUGUAGGUUAUGCAGUCCUGAUUGACCAUGUUUCGAGAGGACUUGAUAUAUUUUCUUCACAUCUACUUAAUGGAACAUCAUACGACAAUUGGUGUUGCAGAUGAAGUAAAGAUUUGGAAGCCAGAAGCCCUGUGCCAGCCAAUGUGACAGUGUCAAUCAUCAUAAAAACAAAUGUCAGCAAUCGGAAUAGAGCGUGCUAAAUAAAAAGGAAGGAGGUAAAAAAUGGACAGAUAGCGGUCAGAAGUUCUGAUGCAUACUAGAACUUUAAAUAGGACAAAGGGUGUUAUCGAACGUAUGGCUAUGUCUUCCUGGAGAUAGAAAACUAGGAGGGAAAUCAAUUAUGAUAAUUUCACCGAAGUCGAUAGAAGCGAACAGGCGAGUUCCAGGAAGUAGUUCGGCAGAUGAUGAUGAUGAUGAUGGUGGUGGUGGUGGUGGUGGUGGUGGUGGUGGUGGUGGUGGUGGUGGUGGUGGCGGUAGUAGUGAUGAAGAAGAAGAAGAAGAAGAAGAAGAAGAAGAAGAAGAAGAAGAAGAAGAAGAAGAAGAAGAAGCAGAGGAAGAAGAAGAAAAAGAAGUGAUCGCUGAAACAAGAACUAUAUCAGCCUGA